CUCUUCUCUCUCUUACAUCCACUGCCACCCGCUAUGGAUACCCUCCUCCACCCUUCACCAACAACAAGCUCCAUGGCCAAACGCCCUUGCCAAUCCUCCUGUGAAAACCCUAACCUCCCUUCUCGCUUCACUCAGAUGGACCAUCUCCUCCUCUCUUUCCUCUCUCUCGCCGAUUCCUCCCCUCCUGUUUCCCUCGACCUUUCCUUCGACCGCCUCCUCGAUUCCACUCCUUCCGACGCCGAUCAAGCUCUUCUCAUCGAUCUCGCUCACAGUAUUGGUUCCCUCCUCCUCCGUGCCGCUAAUCGCUCCGCUCGUAAACGUGCUUCCCUUCAUAACUCCAUCGCCUGGGCCCUCCCUCCUGAUCUGACCAUCAAGGUGUUUUCUAUGUUAGAUUCGCAGAGUCUUUGCUACGCCGCGGCAACGUGUUGGAUGUUUAACAAGUGUGCUAUGGAUCCAUUGUGCUACGAGAAUAUUGACCUUACCACUGUCGUUCCCAAGGUUAAUAAUGCCGUUGUCUCCACCAUGAUCCAACGAGCUGGGAAAUCGUUCCGAUCGCUUAAGCUUGGAAUAGUACCAGGCCCAACUUCCUCACCGGGUUCCUGUCAACCAUUGGUUUAUACCAUCCAGAAUUCUGUAGAUGUAUCUAGCUUUUCAUGGAAUGAAAAAAAGACCAGGCAAGGGAAGGAAUCAUCUAUUCUUACAAGGACCUGCUUAUACCCAUUAAGUGGGGACAAUGGCACCGCUGGGGCUCUUUUGUGGAGGUUGCAUCUUUACAAUAUUGAAAGAAUGGACAAUACAUCACUCUGUGUGGCAUUAGCUGCCUGCCCUUCUUUACUUGAUUUGGAAAUUGUCGGCCUUCAUGUCGAGUUGAGGCAAACUUUGAUGUCAGUGAGCUCCAAUUGUCACUUGAUAGAGCGUUUAUUCUUUGAGUCUUCCAAAACAGGGAGGGAUGACAGCUUGAAGUCGCAAACUUGUGUGGAUGUCGUGAACAAUUGUCCUAAUCUUUCUUCUUUAUCGCUGAGAGGUUUUAAACUGCAUGAUUAUAAAGUCCGUAUUCUUGUUAAGGGAUUCCGUAAACUUAAAUAUGCCGAUUUUUCGACAUCUUACUCGAUCACUGGAACAUUUUUGAGGAAUUUGGGAAGUGGAAGUGGUGGGAAUCUACUAGAGGUUUUAAUUUUAAGGGACUGCAUGCAUCUCAAAGAGGUGGAAGUUUCUAGGUUCUUGACCGCAAUUAUUGCAGGAGAUUUUAAAUUCCUUCAAUAUCUUGACAUAUCUAAUAGGGAAGGUUUAGCUUCAGAAGGUGAUUGGUAUCAGAGAUCUUACAACCCAAGCAUUAUUCCUUUAAAGCAGGUUUUGGAAGUAAGACCAAAUAUUUGUUUGCUGGCCGAGUUUACAUCAGAAGGAUGCUUCAUCGACAUAGAACACAUGUUUGAUAGCGAUGUUAACAGUGAGGUCAGUCUGCCAUCCCAGCUGAGUAGUCAUACAUCUGAUGGUUCAUUGCUUAUGAGUUCAUCAGAGAGCAGCUACAAUAGUGAUCGGGGUAGCGGUAAUGAGGAGUAUCAAGAUUCAGGUUUUGUAAUUUUCGAGGAAAGCUCAGACGAGGUUGAUUUUCUGGUUGUCUAGAAGAACUGUCUGGCUAAUCGACAUGCUGUCACUAAAUAACUGGAGAGGUGGAGGAAUUGAUGCUGGUGCGAUAUCCAAAGGUCAGAUUGCUAUGUUGGGAGGGUGCCUCUUUCAUAUGCUUCUCCGAGAUUGUUAUCAUCAUAAAAGAAAAAGUCUUAAGGAGACGUAUUGUUUACCCCUGUUUCUAUCUGCUGCUACUUUUACAGCAGCCAUAACAUAGUAAUGAUGAAUGCGGGCAAGGGCAGUCCACGCUCAAGCUCAGCUCUUGAUGUUUUGUUUUUGUAUUCAAUAUGGCCUUGGGUUUAAAUCUUCGUUUUGCCAA